CCACGGCACACACAAAGUGUCAGACACGGUAGAGGAGAAAUGGUGCUGGACCUGUUGAUAUCACAGCAAAUACUUAUGGAGCUCAAGGUGUGGAUUAUCACAUUUGCAGAUUGGAGUUGAUGACACAUUAUUUACUGGAGUUUCAAGUUUCUUUUGUCACUGGACAAAAUGCAGUCCAGAGCAAAGUCCCGCAGUUGUGACAACUACCUGAGUAUCAAGGACGCUGAGUCUUUGGACAAGUGUAUCCAGAGCACCUUGUCUGCUCUGUACCGUCCCUUCAGUGCCACCGCCUCCACCGUCCUCUGGCAGCUCUUCAGCGUGGUGGAAAGGCAGUACCGCGGAGACGGACUCCGGUGCCUUAUUGACUUCUUGCUUCCUGCCAAGAAAAUAUUGCAGAUCAUCCAGAAAGAAACUUGUGUGAGGUUCAGAGGCCUGCUGUUCUACCAUGAGGGGUGGCCCCUCUGUAUUCACGAGAAAGUCGUCCUGCAGCUCGCCCCUCUGCAUAAAGUUCGACUAAAGCAAGGAGACUUCUACUUACAGAUAGUUCCUUUAGGCCGCCAGGCUGCCAAGCUCGUGAUAAAAUGUCUGUCUGCCAGUGGGCAGGCCAUUGCAGAAAUCCCCAUUUCAGAGAGCAUGUAUGGCAGUGUCUUCACAGCUGAGUUUUUGCAGAAUGUAACACGUGACCGAAACCUGCACCCUCUACAGAACUGUCUGCUCACCACCGGUACGGCCGUGUACAGGACGCAGUGGAAGAACGUGGUCAACCCGCUAUUUGUCAGCAGCACAGCGGACGCCAUCAUGCAGGCUCGCUGCAGCAGAGGAAGCUUCCGCGGACACCUUAGCACCUGCAGCACCAGCGGAUCUACCGGGACGCUAGACAGCCACCGCAGCUCCAGAGAGUCUCUGCUCUCUCAGGGAGCUGACUCCAUCUUCUCUGAGCCCACCUCGCCCAACAACAACCGCAAGGACUCCGGCCGUGAGAACCAAGGCGUCAGCCGGGAAGGUCUUGAUACCCCCGUGAUCAAACCUGCUGAGGAGUGUGAUAAGGGACAAAGCGAUGAGGAUGGGAGUGGGAUAGAAAGAGGGCUGGGGUCCAAGUCGCUCUCUUUUAGUACAGACCCCGCUAACCCGGGCCUUCGACGGCGUGUACCGAGAGACUCCGUUGCUUUUGAAAGCAGGAGACUUUUCAGGAAAUCUUACAUGGAGGCUCUGCAAAACCCUAUGGCCCUUGGGUCCAGCUCUGAAUCCAUCCUGGAGGAAAGUCCAGAGCACAGCAAUGGCCACAGAGAGAGGACGGUUACACCCGGAAGCAGCCCCGACACUCGCAGCUCUCCCAGGGAACACUUAUCUCGCAAGUUUAGUGGCCGGGGCUGGCUCAGCGGGGACGACUCCAGGCCCAGCACACCUCUGUUUUACUUACAGAGGGGCUUGCGGAGCGCUGAGAGGCGGGCAGAACGACGCUCUAAAUCACUAGAGAGGACUAACAAAGCAGGCCAGGCUAAAUCCCACAGAGAGCGAUCCUCAUCUGGAGGAUCGGCAAGUAUCUCCCCCAAAAAGCUGAUGAACGGUUAUGCUCUUCGUUUCGGGAAGGUGGAUGUGGAGGCCAUACUUCCUGGAAAUGAGAGGAGGAGCAGCAAAGAGGAUACAGGUCAGCGUGACGACUGCAUCAGCGGUGAGAGCAAACAGCACAACGCAAGUAGCGAAGAGUUACACAGUCCCAAACCUGCCAAUGGGACGAGCACGAGGCCGGCUGCAGUUCAGAGCUCUUCUUGUGAAUGCACUUCAGCCUUCCCCAAACUGGUGUCUGAGGUCAAUCAGGAGCUGCUCACAUCAGGAGCUGUGAUCCUGCCAGGAAACAGAGAUCGCAGUGGGAGAGCUGUGCUGCAGGUGUGUACGAGGGCUCACACCUGGGCAGGUGAGACGUGCACGGUCAAUGACCUAACCUGUUUACUCGGCUACUACCACUCCACUCUGCGGAAAGAAAGGCGUGAUCAAGGUCUGACUGUCGUAAUAGACGGCAGAAAGCAGCAGCCCGUUCCAGCUCUGUUGUCAUCGCUGUCUGAAUUUCAGGCGUUGGUACCAAAUGCACUUUACUUAGUUCUGUUCCUGGUGGACAAGGAGUCAUCGGCUAAACCUGACAGAGACAUCAGUGUACAGACGGAGACGCUGUCAUCCCUGAAGGCCUUGCAGAAGCAUAUUGAUCAAACCCAGCUCACACGGGACCUGGAGGGCAGCUUCCUCUAUGACCACGACCACUGGAUCAGUUUCAGACAGAAAAUUGAACCAUUUGCCAGCAGUUGCAACACAGCCAUCUCCUCCCUUCAGGAAACCAUUGACACACUGUGUGCCAGCAGCGACCGCAAGACCUCAAAGGAGGUUUCUGAGGUGUUACAACAGCAGAGGCACCUCAUGAAGUGUGUCCUCGAUGACGCCCGUCUGAACAGGCUGCGUCUAGAAGGAGGAACUGUCCUCGCCCGGAUCAGAAAGGAAGAGCCCUGUGACAAUGAAAACUACAGGGACACUGUGGACAUAUUGAAUGCACUAUACAACCAAGUAGAUGAAGAGGUUCACAAGCUUGUAAUUUUGUCCAACAAGUCACAGAAGGAGUUAGAGAGUCUGCUGGAGGUCCUCAAGUUUGAAGAGCAAACACAACAGAUAAAACACUGGUUUAGUGUAGCGGGAGAGAAGCAGCUCACACCUCUGGAGUCAAUAACACUGUCUGCAGACAAAAUAAAGGAGAUGAAACAGAGCCUGGACCAGUUUCUGGAGGAGUCAGUGCAUCAGCAGAGACGUGGCCUUCAGUUGGUGAAAGAGUCGCCCGAGUCUCUCCCGGGCUCGGCUCUGCUGGACUUCAAACAACACCUGGGUUCAAUCUUAAGCAGAGUGGAGCAGAGGAAAGCUAAACUAGACAUCCUGACUAACCUAUAUGAAUUCUAUGACUCAGCGAACCAGUGGAUGGACCACUGUCAGGAUUAUUUCUGUCAGAUGACUGUAAACAACUCAGAUGUGAGAAUGUCAGCCUCUGUGGUGCAAGUCCUGCAGGAUUACUGCACAGAGGCGUCCAAAUUCUCUAUGGAGAAUUUUAGUGCUCUCAACAACAUGGUGGUGUCGCUGGAGAGUCCUCCGCAGCUGCAGCGCUGGAACUCUGUGUGGCACCGAUGUCAGCAGACCAAACAGCAGCUGGAAGAGACUUUAGCACAAGCUUUGAUAUCGGCUCAGAAGUCCACCGACAGCAAUACAGCGGAUUCUUUAAAGACUGCAGAAAGUCCGAUUGUCACAGCAGACCAUGCCGUAGCUAAUGGAUGUGUGCGUUUACCUGGGGUGAUCGCAUUGUGGAACUUUGACGACAGCAAACAUAACGCCGCCGGGCCUUUCUCCAAAAGCCCCUCCAGCUCAAUCUCAUCUUCCUCACAUUUCGCUUUCCCCCCCGAUGGUGAAAUCAAACUGACGCAGAGCUCAUCGACGUUUGAUGACACAGACAGCGACUGCACCAUCGAUUCGACCAUCUCGUGCCACUCGGAGCCCGUCAACACCAAGGCCACUCGGCUCCGCAAGCAGCCCAUGAAGAAGAUCAUGAAGAAGACGAUGAGCUACGAGCUCACGCCGAGAGACAACGGUCACCCAGACGCCAGCCACCUUCAUGGCUACACGGGUGUCUACAUCAAAGGUUUGGAGGUGGCUAAUAAUGUGUCUGCAGAGAAGAAGCUGCAGAGGCCUGACGUGCUGAGUCCUGUGUUGGGACGUAGCCGCAGCAUGUCCACGCCCUCCAGGAUCCAUAACAGACAGACUGACGGCGAUGGCAAAAAACAGAGCAGUAAAGUGCAGCACAUCAUGGAUGAAAUGAUUUCCACAGAACGAGAGUAUGUCCGCUCCCUCAGUUACAUCAUUGAGCACUAUUUUCCGGAGAUGGAGCGUCUUGACCUGCCCCAGGACCUCCGUGGGAAGCGGAGCAUCAUUUUUGGGAAUGUUGAAAAGUUGUGGGACUUCCACAGCCAGUACUUUCUGAAGGAGCUGGAGGCGUGUGCCCAUUCGCCGCUGUCCAUCAGCAGCUGCUUUCUGCAACACGAGGAUCAGUUUGGAAUGUAUGCUCUGUACAGCAAGAACAAGCCACAGUCUGAUGCCUUGCUCUGCGGCCAUGGGAAUGAGUUCUUUAAGAACAAGCAAAUGGAGCUCGGUGACAAGAUGGAUCUGGCGUCUUACUUGCUGAAGCCCAUCCAGAGGAUGAGUAAAUAUGCUCUUUUGCUCAAAGAUCUGAUAAAGGAGUGCAGUCACUCCCAGGAGCAGGAGUUGAGUGACCUCCGCACCGCAGAGGAGAUGGUCAAGUUUCAGCUUCGCCAUGGCAACGACCUGCUGGCUAUGGACGCCAUCCGAGGCUGUGAUGUGAACCUAAAAGAACAAGGUCAACUCCGCUGCCAAGAUGAGUUCAUAGUCUGGUGUGGACGCAGGAAAUACCUUCGCCACGUCUUCUUGUUUGAAGAUCUCAUCCUCUUCAGCAAGACCAAGAAGAUAGAAGGAGGAUAUGACUUUUAUAUCUACAAACAGUCUUACAAAACGGCAGAGAUAGGUAUGACAGAAAAUGUGGGUGAUAGCGGCCUUCGUUUUGAGAUCUGGUUCCGUCGGAGGAAGUCACAGGACACUUUUAUACUGCAAGCCAGCUCUGCAGAGGUCAAGGCUGUGUGGACAGCUAUUAUUGGCAAGAUCCUUUGGAGGCAGGCCCUCAGAAACAGAGAGCUGCGUAUGCAGGAGAUGGUUUCCAUGGGGAUUGGAAGCAAACCUUUCAUGGACAUCAAGCCAAGUGAUGCAGCCAUUAGUGACAGAGCCAUUGAUUAUAUCAUGAAGGGGUCAGCAGAGCCCCGAACCAGGGCAUCCAUCGCAGUGCCCUCAUUUGAGCACUGCGCUGCGUUCAAGAGGCCUCACUCUACCAUCUCCAACAGCAGCACUUCCUCGUCCAGCAGCCAGUCAUCGUCCUCUCUGCUGGGCUCCCUCAACCUCCACCUGUACUCCUCGCCCUCCCACGGCCACACACAUCCAUACCCCAUGGGAAGCGUUACCUCCUUCGUCCAGUGGCCUUACGACUGCAUAGAGGAGGAUGAACUGGAGCAGGACAGUGGGUGCAGCCAGCCCUCCAUGAUCACUGAGAGCUCAGAGACCUCCUCCCAGUGCAACUCCAGUGACAGUGUGACGGGGCUGAGUACCCUCACCAUACCCGGGAACCCCAGCGUCGUCAUGGACUCGUACAACAACAACGAGCCCUCCUCGUUCCUCUGCACCUCCACACCUUCCUCCUCCAUCACCCCUCCCUCAAUAUUCCCCAAAGAUGAAGACCUCCAGCCCCAGGGAACCAAGUUCAUCACAGCAAGCACUGCUCAUUUAUCAGUAGGCCUCUCAACAGUGGUCUGACACAGAGCUGAUGGGUUUUUAGCUCAUUGUGAAGUCCUUAAGCAGAGCUGUGUAUCUCACAAACAAAGAUGCAAAGUGAGAGCAACGGAGCUUUGGAGCACUAAGACUUUAAUUAGCAACACUCGUUCAUCAAGUGGCAUUUCAUGAAUAUACUGUAAAUUGAAAACGGACACAUGAUGUAUACACUGUCAUUAUGGUACGUCAGAGACCUGUACAUUUGUUUUAAUGAACUAGUUAUGUGUUUAUAUUGUAGAUGUAUUUUACAGAGCAAAAAUAGCACACCAAUCCAGACAAUGUCAUAUUUCUGUUGUCACCAGUCGUGUGUUUUGACAAAUCUGUACAGAAAAAUAAACUUUUUUAAA